UUUUUCAACGCUUUUUGACGUACAGAAAAUAUGUUGGUUGCCUAUAAAUACUGAAUCUGGUGCGUUUGUACAAUCAUUACUUGUUGGUAGUGUAUUAACCUAACUGAACCGUCAGGAUGAAAAUAGUAAUCUGUCUUAGCGCUUUGAUAGGCGUGGCACUAGCGUGUCCAACGACAAUAACGACGAAAACAAUAUGCGAAUGCAGCACUUUGCCAACGUUUAUUUCAAAUCAACUCCAAAUCGUUCAAUUGGACAGCGGUUUAGCCGGCCAACUAUUUAAUGGUGUAUAUUACUUGGGCGCAGCAGUACCGACGCAUUUCAAUAAUCAUGCUUUAAAAGUCAGUUUGCUCGGUAACACAUUCCCGGCUGGAGGUUCUUUGUUUAGUUUCUACGACAAUACACCCACUAAAGAAGGCGACAUAGAGUAUUUACUCGCUUCUUACUCGUACAAUUGUAUGACUGGCGAUGUCGAUAGGACAUUAUCAUUGUUGAACAGCGCCUUAGGACCGAAUAGUAAUGUUGGUGUCCUUAACUUAUAUUUAGAAGCCGUUUAUGAAAGUACACUUUUAGACGAAACGAUUAUUGGAUGCAAAAGCUUUAUAGAACGCACUGUUGAACAACAAUACAGCCAACGUGUUAUCAUUGCCCUUAUUGGCUACCAAGUGGACGAUUACAUUUUAUUCGCUGUUAUCGAUAAAUGGACCAAUAGCAUAUUCGGAAGUCAAGACAUAGACGUCUUUGCUCUUACAAGAAGCCCAUCCCCAAGCAAGCAAACAGUUGAAAACAUCAUAAAUGACCUCGAAAAAAGCGGAAUAAAACCCCAUCGUUUGUGGUUCAUGGAUCAGUCUAUAAAUCUUACCGAUUUACCCGGUUAUAUAACUCCAAGUUCUUUAUCACGUUCAAGUUUAAGCUCUAGUGCAUUGUCUGGUUUUGACGAUGUUGAAGGACAAUCACUUACUUCAACUUCAACAUCGAAAGUGUCUACUUCCAGCAUCGACAGCUCUUCGUUAACAAGCACUAUAAGAUCUACAACAUCUGUUAGCAUCACCACAGAUUUUGUAAUAAACCCAGAAUACAAGCCAUUUUCACCUUUCGUCUCAAACCCAUUAUUAAAUGGUUAUAAAUGCUUAAAUGAUUUUGACGAAUCUAUAUUGGACGCUGCAUUAUCUGGGAAAUACUACGUGUUUGCCACCACCCCGACUACCAGUGGCGAUUGCCAAGACACCGGAUUUUUCAGCACUAGCUACCCAACUACUAAUUUGCAAAUACUCUUCGAUAAUAGCACACCAUUAGGCCCUAAUGGCGUACGCAUGAUGUACGAUCGGUCAAUAAACGUAAGAACCGAAGCAGUAACAUGCCACAAGAGUCUUUUAUACUUACCAUUAGGACUUGAAAAUAGUGGCAUAAUAGGUCUCUGGACCGAAGCAUAUAAAACCAGCAGCAGCAGCUCUUAUAAAUCUUUAUUCGACUUCGACGAAAGUUCAUUCGUUUUCCAUCCUGAUUAUUCGCAAUACUAUGAAGUUCAACACCUUCUAGCCAUUAUAGGUUAUGGAGAUGAUUAUUUGAUUUUGUUGGGUAUUGACGUUGCUGACAACUUGUUCUUCACCGGUAAAAAUGUAAACAACGUAUUCGUCCUCACCAGAGAUUCAGCACCAACUGUAAAUGUCGUCGGCAACAUCAUUCAAGAUCUUCUCCAAAAUAAUAUUGACUUAUACGAGUUAAUGCGAAUGUGCCAAACACAAGAUAUUUUAGAGGAUUAUAGCUUCGAUGCCUCAGAUUUUUAUGUGGACAUAGAAAUCAAAUCAUCAAGCACCACAACCAUAAAGUCUUCGGUGUCUUACAGUUCAACAUCAGACAGUUGUUAAUUCUUUUGCUAAUUUUAUUGAAUCUUCACCCAUUGGUUGCUAAUAAUAUUUCAAUUUAAUAAAACAGUUUUUAAGCAUAAAAAUCCGAAA